GUACCGCGGUCUACCGACGCGUUGUGUACGCUUUAAUUGAACGCUAAUUCGGAGGAUCGCGUGCGCGCAGAACGUAAUCUUAUGAAUCCCGACGCAUUGUUCACUUCGGAGUCGAACGUUGUCUUCGAGAAGACAAGUAUAUUAAAAUCCUGUUGGACGUGACAUUUUCGUAGAGAGAUAGUUUUGUAUAUUUGCACAGUGCCAAAGUGAACUAGUGAUUGUGAGUGGUGAGAAAAUAGUUUGGAAAUGAAAAUAGUUCAGAAGCUGUUAUUGGUUAAAAUUAAGUUUACAGAGAUUUCUUAGCAGAUUUUUAUUUAGUGAAGAUUCUAUUAAAAAACCGACACAAAAUGAACUUUCACGAACUAAUAAAACAGGCCACCGUCUGAAUCAGUAUCGCUCAACCAACCAAAGAUCAAUACUCCGAAACCUUGACCAACGAUGCGCAACCUUGAACCACGCAGCGGAUGAUCGACAAUGACUCCAUCAAAAUCUCAUUAAAUCAAAUAUACCAUGACUCGAUCCAAGCUCCCCAGUUUUCUGCUAACCAUGUGGUUGCUCGGGACUAUCGCGACUAAAUCGCGGGUGAGCGACUUCCUGCAGAGUCUGCAGGAGUACGAGAUCGUCUACCCUCGCAUAAUCCCGAGCGUAAACACGCGUGACAGGCGUUCGAUCCCCGGUGAGGGCGACGCGGACCUCGAGGAAUCGUUGUUCAUCGAGAUCAGCAAUUGGACGCUGAAGACGACAGCGAACGAUCGUUUGACGCUCUCGUCGGACUUCACCGUGGAUUGGGUGCACUCCAGCCACGCUCGAACCACGAACGACGGAAAAUUGGGGUGCAAUCUUCGACGAGGGAGCUUGGAAGGCGGUGACACGCGGUCCGUGGUGGUCGUCACCCUCUGCGACGAGGGGAUGUACGUUCUGAUGCUGACCGACCGGAAAUCGUUCUUCGUUCAGCCCUUAACGGAUGGCCAACACGUGAUGUACGAGUCGCGGCACGCUGGCUGGUGGUCGUACAGGGAGGGUUCGGACGUUGUGUCUGUGAUGCGAGAAAAUCCUUCAGACGAUGUUCGAGGACCAGGUUUCAAGAAACAAGAUGGAAAAUCGAAACGAAAGAGACGUGACUCUAUAGACAACACUCAAGAUUUUUAUAACCUAUCCGGUGACGUUUUCGAUAUGGAAUACCCAGAGGCAGAACAACUGAUUUUGUUCGAUCAGAGAGAUGGAAUGUCGACAGAAUAUAACGACACUAUAGUUGAAGAACUACCAAUCGAAGUAAAUACCGAAGAUCUUGAUUAUUUUUCGGGACCUACGUGGCAAAGAAAUAAAAUACCAAGAAAGAAAAUGAUCGUAAAAGAAUCAUCACCGCGAUGGCUGGAAAUCGGAAUAGCUGCUGAUUACUCCGUAGUGGAUUUUCAUGGAAUGCGAGUGCAGCAGUACAUUUUGGCUCUUUUGAACAUCGUUAGUGCAAUUUACAUGGACCCAUCUCUCGAGUCAAACAUGGUCUUGGUAAUUGUACGAAUGAUUUUGUACGCAGAAAAGAGAGACAGUAUGGUUCGCCGCGGCGAUGCUAGGCGGUCCCUCGAGAACGUGAACAAAUGGAAUAGGAAAAUGCUGUCUUCGGCGAACGUAAACCAUGAUGUCGCUAUAUGGUUAACACGUUUAGACAUCGGUGGUCCCUCUGGAUACGCACCUGUGUCUGGAGUAUGCGAUCCAGCGAGAUCGUGCGCUUUGAACCGAGACGAAGGCUUAACUAGCGCGUUUAUCAUCGCUCACGAAGUUGCCCAUAUUCUAGGUCUGACUCAUGACGGUGACGAAUCAACCGGAAACGCGUGCAGGGAAGAAGGAUCACGUGGAAGCGUGAUGGCACCAAUGGUCGCGGCGACGUUUCAUCACUUUUACUGGUCCGCUUGCUCAAAGAAGGAAUUCCAUCGUAGGGUGAGACGGUGGUCGUGUUUAUUGAACAAACCGAAACGCGACAGUUCGACUCCAUUAAAGGCCACUGUUCGCGAAACGUUCACCAUGGACGAGCAGUGCAGGAUGGAAUUUGGCGAGGGUUACGAACUCUGCAAGAGCUUUGAUGUCGUGGAACCGUGUUCUCACUUAUGGUGCGGUAAUAGCAAUAUUUCUCAAACGUGCAAAACCAAGAAGGGACCACCUUUGGAGGGCACUUUAUGUGGGGUCUCUAAGUGGUGUACGAACGGUCAAUGUCAGUCCGCGACCAAAAAGAACCUCGAUUUGGGUAUAGUGUUAAAUAAACCCAAAGAUGGAGGCUGGAGUUCGUGGUCUGCCUGGGAGAAGUGUUCGAGGACAUGCGGGAUAGGAGUGCAAUGCCGAACACGAAAAUGUAACAAACCGCUGCCUGCUUACGGUGGCAAAUAUUGCUCGGGAACCACUGACGAUUGCAAGCUUUGCGAUUUGCCGAAAUGCUCCGCGCCGAUUGAUCUUAAAGCGCAACAGUGUUCCAAACUCUCGAAUGUCCGGAACCUUGGACAGCUCCAGCCGAAGAACGACGUGACUUGGCUACCAUACGAGUCCGAUCAGGAGAAUCUAAAAUGUCAAUUAGUGUGCAGAAGCAAGGAAACUGGCGAGAUAUUUUAUUCGAGGAGAAAUUUGAUCGACGGGACUCCGUGUUCCUAUGGAUCGUCGGAUAUAUGUAUACAGGGCGAGUGCCAUAAAGUGGGCUGCGACAAUGUCUUAGGUUCUACCAAAGUCUUCGACAUGUGCGGUGUAUGCGACGGCGACAAUUCGACCUGCGAAAAUGUCAUCAGCAAAUUUCAGCGAAAGCUUCGACGAGAUGUAACACGUGUCGCUAUAAUACCACGAGAAGCUCGGAAUUUGUUCAUGAAUAUCACACUACUCGGUGUACCGUUCUCCCAUCGAGAAAAUUUAACAAUCGUCGUAGGAGAUGGGCGAAGGAGGCGAAACGUGCAGGAGAAUCUAGCUUCUCGUAAACGGGAUUUAACGAUCGUGCAAGGUGCCGCAUUUCGAAUUCAGAAACGGGAUGACAGUAAUUACUCCUUGAGAGCGUAUGGAACUACAUUCGAAGACGUGGUGAUUUUACUGUUGGUACCAAGAAAUAUUGCAGAGCAAGGAAUGUCAGUUGCAGUCUCCCUGCAAUAUUUCUUAAAUCGCGACGAAAGGAAUGCAAAAGACAGAUACGUUUGGUUAUUCGGAGGUUGGAGCUUUUGUUCGGCAAGUUGCGGUGGCGGAACGCGUCAGAAGAUGAUAGUCUGCAAAGACGAGGAAACUGGAAGAAUAGUUUCACGAAGAAAAUGUCCAUUGACGACGAAACCCAGCCAGGAGAUUGAAAAAUGCAACGUUUUCAGGUGCAGUUUCAAAUGGAUAAUCGGUCCUUGGGAAGGAUGCUCGGCUACAUGCGGAAGCUUCGGUAUUCAGCUGCGACAAAUUUACUGUGUUCAAUCCGAAUUUAAUGGGACUAAUGUCAACAAGCACAAUGAAUUAGAAGUUUAUCGGACAAUGGUACAGCCGUCAAUAUGUAAAACGAGUACAAUGCCUGUAAAUAAUAGAGAAUGCAAUAGGAUUCCUUGUCCUGGUCGUUGGAUUUUCACGGAUUGGUCUGCGUGCUCGAAGAGUAACGGGAAAGGCAUCCAAUCUCGGAUAGCUAGAUGCAUUCCGCCGGACAAAGAAUCAUUCUACACUUGCGAUGGUGCUGUAGUGAAGACAGAAAUACGUCCGUGCACAGGACACUCGACGAGGGCCAUCGAAUUUCCAUAUCGUUGCUGGCGAGACAAGAAUCGAUUCUGUUCUAUACCGAGCUUGAAACAGUAUUGCAGCGUCCCGGGAUUCAGGAGAAGGUGUUGUCGCUCUUGCGAGAUAAACAAACACCUGGAUUUACCUAGCACCUUCGAUUCUAAAGAACGCAACCUGCGGACUUAACUAUUUCAUUGUCAGCUGACAUGCUCUUUUGCAUGCUCUUUUCUGAAAUUGUACCACAGUGUAGGCCAAGCAAGUGUAAUAAACUAUAACUUUCAUUAUCAGUACAUUUAGAAAGAAAUGUUAAAGUUAAAAGAUAAAUUGUUCAAAGUGUACUACAUUUGUUAGACAAUGACCAUUUAUAUAAGUCCAACAGUACGUGUCCAGUUUCAUUCCUUUUCAAAUGAAAAUGCAUAUUUUUAUUCGCAUCGAUUGAAUUCUUUCAUUAUUCAACAUGAAAAAGUAUUAGGGUAAAGCGUUACAAUUCGUUAAAGUAAGAUAUUUUAAACAAUUGUAAUGAAGAUGCUGGAACGCUUUGUGGAAAUGUUAUAAACACUUCGUACACUGAUCAGACUCAAAUGUACAGUAAUAACCAGAGAUUAUCUUAAUCACGUAAUGAAAAUAGUUAAUAGUGUUGUAUAAAAUGUGUAGAAAGUGAUGAAGAAGCAUUUGAGCAUAUUUUUCAUUACCCUAAUACUUUUUUACAUAGAAUAAUGAAAGGAAUGAAUGUAAACAAAAUAUAUGUAAACAGAAAUAUCCAUUUCUAUUUAAAAAAAUAAUGCAACUAUCGAGUAGACAUGCACUAUAGCACUUGCAAAAGAAACAUGGUCCGACAAAUAUCGUACACUCAUCUUUUCCCCUUGACAUUUUUCUUUGAAUGUACUGAUAACGAAAUUAUAGCUUCUUACACUUACUAGGUUGUCCCAUAAGUUCCCAUACACUUGAUGCUUGAAUUUUUUACAUUAAAAUUCUUUAUGACAUUUGAUCCAAAUCAGAAUUGACCAAUUGGCAGAAAGAUGGAUGAAAACUAUUAGAAGCAAUGGCAUUUAUUUUGAAGAAUAAUUAUUGUUUGAUUACAAAGUUAUUAUAAAAUGAUUUAUUGGUAGCAAGUGUUCGGGAACUUAUGGGACAACCUAGUACUUGCCCACUCUGUAUACUACGCAAUAAAAUUAUUCAUUAAAAUUUUGUCAUUCUUCAAAUGCGCAUAACUUCCUCAAUUUCCAUUGUCUCCAGACAAUUAUUUUCUCAUUUUCUAGGUAAUUAACUGUACUUUAAGAAAAAAUUAAUGCAAAAUGGAUGAGAGUCAAUGCCACAUUUCCAUGCCUCAACACUUAAACACUUUUUUCUUUAAAACUUGAUUACUUAACAGGCUACCUAAAUUGCGCUGAUUUUUUCGGAAAUGAAACACAACAAACCAUCGCAAAACGCACAGUUUGACAAGUAACUUGAAAGAAAAAAGAAGUCUGUACGGGUUAUGCGAUUUUGAAGUUAUUCGUACACUUUUCAACGAAUAUCAAUAGGUUGAUGCAUUGUUUUUGUCUAUUAUCAAAGGAAAAGAAUUACUUGUAAUAACAAUUUCAAAAGUCUUGUAUUAUAUACCUACUUUAAUAAUAAGGUCAAGGUGCAAAUAUAAUAGAAUUUAUAUAUAAUUAAUUUUUCUUACAUGCCGUGUCAAACAAAAUAGUAUAAUUGUAUGUUUCCACCAGUUUCAUAUUUCACAACAAAUACAUAUAAUUCGUGAGUAUAUCCACUCUGAUUAUAAACAAUUCAUCAUAACUGUAAGAAUGUUAAUCCUUUAUACGUCUAAAAAUUUAGAUAUUCUUUUAGAGUCCAUUUUUAAUUUAAAAUUUUAGAUUUAAUCUAUUUCAAAAGUAAUUUGUAAUUUAUUAACCAUUCAUUCUGAUGAUUAAUUAACACUUAAACUGUGGGACAAUUAAAACAUUUAUAGUGGCAUAAAUAAUAACCCAUGUAUCGUCAGCUAUUUUCAUACAGGGUCGAAUCUGGAAUUCUUGCUGGAAGAAAGGGGAGAUAUGUAAAAGUAUAUUUUUGAACAUUCUUUUGCACGAAUUAACAUUUAUUUAGAACUUAUCAAUAUUUUUAUUCGAUAUUCGUUCGUAAAAUGAAUAAUAAAAAUAUUUUUCAAAGGUUUCAUACCCUCUACAUUGACAAACGUGAUAAUGCAUGAUAACGCAAUGAAAGUUAUUAAGCUUUUUAUUUUCUUUCUUUAAAUUUAAUGCAAUUAAAUCCUUUAUACAGAGAUAACUUGGUCAAACUGUUCGUUAGUUCGAAAUUUCUCAAUUUACAUUUUAAUAAUAUUAGAAUAUUGGUAACUGAAUACAUUUAUAAUUAAUAAAUGUUUGAUUUUAAUUAUAGGUAUCAUUAUAAAAUCAUAUAAAUAUAGUUAUUGUUAUUCUCAGCUAUCUUCGUUAUAAAAUAUUUCAAGAUUGCUGAUUUGUAUAAAUUAAAAGUUGUUUUAAGGAUGUACGAAUUAGGAUCAGUGAAAUAAAAACUGUUUUCAAGAGUG